AUGCUCAGCAAGUAAUCUUCUUGCGAGAGCUUCAGUUCAACCAACAGUAUGGACGAAACAAGAUCAACUAAAUCAAAAGACAGCACAGAGACUGACAAGAAGCAACUCCCUACCUUUACUAAUGAAGUUGUCGUAAUUAGACCAGAAGUGUUUUAUGAGAACGAAGAUUGUCAAACAGACAAUAAAUUUAUGAAAAGUUCUGGGCUGAAGAGACAAAGCACUAAUGACCUCGCCUAAAUUGAAUUUGAUAAAUUUAAAGAAACCCUUUAAAGCGGUGGAAUCAAAGUGGUAGAAUUCGCGAAAAAAGAUUCAAGAGCUCCUGACGCUAUAUUCCCAGACUGGUUCACCACACACAAGAAUGAUGACAUCCCAGAAGGAGUUUUUAUCCUAUAUCCCAUGAAGCAUCAUUCUAGAUAACUAGAAAGAGAUCAAGAAAUUAUAGAGGAACUUUCCAAGAACUACAAACAUUUUAUCGAUCUCUCAGGAUGGGAAGAGAAAGGCAAAGCACUUGAGGGCAAAGGAUCAUUGGUCUUCGACUACAGGAAUCAAAAGAUUUAUUGCUCAUUAUCACCAAGAGCAUGCGGUGAAGUUGUUGCAGACCUGAUAGUAUAGUGGAAUAAAAUCUCAUAGAAACAAUACAGAUCUGUGACUUUUACCAGCUAUGAUAGAAAAGGAAACAUCGUAUAUCAUACUGAUUGUAUUCUAACUCUGCUCAAUGAUCAUGCUGUUAUUUGUGUUACAGCAAUAAAAGACAAAAAAGAGAGAAAAAGAGUUCUGAUUGAACUUUCAAAUCCACCAAUUAAUAACAAACCUUACCAAAUCUUAGAAAUCGAUAGGCAUGAAGUAGAAGGAAUGUGUGCUAAUAUGUUUAAUCUAGUAGAUAGCGAGGGAAGAAAUUGUAUUAUCAUGUCAGACAGAGCCAGAAGGACUUAUGAUCCAGAAAAGUUCUAAGAAUUACAAGAAAACUAUAUAGUUCUAGUCGCAAAUAUAGACAUGAUAGAGCUUGUCGGAGGUGGAUCGACUAGAUGCAUGCUCGCUGAAAAAUUCUGA